AAUGGAUGUUUUUCUUUUCAGUUUUCAUUCUUCUGGGGACAUCGCCUGCAUGGGGAUCUGCACCAGUAGUUGCCCAACCGUCAUGGCAUUUUGUUUCCUGGAGGAGCUCCAGUGGAAAUUUUCUGCUUCAUAUGAUUCUACGAGCAUAAGCUUGGCUACCAGAUCCUAUGCUUUUCUUGAAUUUGAUAAUAUUAUUCAGAAAGUGAAAUACCAUUUCAACUACACAAGCUGCUCUCAAAUGAAGAACAGCCUGGAGAAAAUUCAGGAAGAGCUGAAGUCCCAUCCUCCUGUGCUUCUGAAACUAGAGGAUACAGAGCUGAUGAACGGGAUGAUUAACGGGCACACAGAAGUGCAGAUGGGGUCUGCCCCUACCUACAGAAUGCAACCUGUGACUCCUUUGGGGAUUCUGUCCCUUGUUCUCAACAUCAUGUGUGGGGCUUUGAACCUCAUUCGAGGAGUUCAUCUAGCAGAGUAUUCUUUUCAGGAAGACCACGAGGGAACUGGAAAUGUAAUAGCAUUUCUCCUUUCUUUUCUAGCCUGCAUUUUUCAGAUCAAAUGUAGCUGGGCCAUGUUUGUUGCAAACAGAGGAGUAAUUACAUUUACUGGAAAUGCUCUCGGAUCAGGUAUUCAUUUACCAGCUGCUAAAAUAAAACCAAGUGCCACUAGAGAGUUGGAUUCGUAAAGUGGAGAAGGCAAAUGAAACACGCAACCAGGGCUCAGUUGCUUCCUUUGGCCUGUAAUUCUUCCUCCACGUCUGCUCAUCUGAGUUUUGAAAGUUAGAAAGCAUCCAGGCCAGCGGUCCGGGAGGAGAGAGUGUUCCACGCUAUGCGGUAGCAGCUUUUAGCUGGGAUCUCAAUGCCCUGGACAAACAUUACCCAAUGAAGCUUAAUAAAUCACAACCAUCCUAUGACGUUAGGUAUGGAAUUAUAUGACUUCCACCAUCUGUAGGGAGCAGCUGGUCCUGGCUUUGACUUCACUGCAGAAACUGUGUGUUUUUUAUAUCAGGGUAGCAAUCUCAGUGGAAAAUCAUAGUGCAGACAAGGCACAGGUGGCUUCUACCUUGACCUGGGGAAGCCAACCUUGUACCGCACCGGGGGUUUGGAUCGUCUAGCACCAUCCGGGUAAAAAUGACAGUGUCUCGUUCCAACUAGGAUUUCACACAGAGGGACCUAUUGCUAUGUAAAAACUCGUCUCUCUUGAAGUGGAGACAGCCUACCGCAAAGCUAGGCCUAACCACAGGUCAGAUGAGCAAGUAAAGAAAAUGUUGUCUACUAGGGGCUUUCAGACUUUCUCCUUUCAUCUUAACGGAGAGAUUGUUGCAUGGUUGCUGCCCAUUCACCAUCAAGCAGCCCAGCUCCCUUCCCAUGGAGAGUCUCCCGACACUCCCCGUAAUUACAGCCUUUGCUAGCCUGGAAAUUGUGUCAAAGGCAGCUAAAAAUCCAUUAAGCAACAUAAGAGCUGGAAAUGAGGAGGAGGAGCUAGUCCCAUGUGACUAGCUGGCUCCCCAGAGGCAGGCAUUGGCCUGCAGACCACAGCUUGCGCAUUGCCACUCUGCAGGGGGAAUGUAAUGACCUGCACUGGGACUAGUCCAGGACACCAGCAUUAACAACUCCUAAGAAAAAGGCCAUGGGAUCUAAACAACCACAAGUAUUCUCCAGUAUUUCCUGCCGAACAGGACAUCACGCUGUCAGUCCUACGGUACGGCAGCUACCGCUCCCUCUGUACCAAUGCAGCAGCCGUGAGAUGUUCCUGGCCCCUGUUGCCAGAGUAUCUGAGCAUCUCACAGGUUUUAAUGUAUUUCUCCGGUGAGGGAGGGAAGUAUUAUCCCAUUCCCCACCCAUUUUACAGACAAGGAACCGAGAAACAAAGGGCCAGGUUGACAAAGCAGGUUGGAGAUGCAGAGAGGUGCCAGGUGGAAUUUUCAAAAGCUCCUCAUCUGCUCAGGCACCUACAUCCUAGGUCAUCUUGGAAGUCUGUGGCAGAGGAGGGAAUAGCACCCACACCUUGGUGUUCCAGCUAGCUCCCUAACCAUUGGGACAUCCUUCCUCUGUGAGGCUACUACCCUAUUGUAGUUUGUAAAAUGCUUUGGGAUGCUUGGAUUUGAUGGUGGUGGGACCCAUAAAAGUAGGCAGAAAGGAAGCAUCCUAAAAGUCUGGUUUUCUCUGUCAAGGGUGACUCUGUCCUUUGCAUUUUUAAUUUAAAACAUGGUUGAUAAUCUUGCUACCAUCCAGUAUGUAACUGGCCCUUUGCCAGCGUGGUUGCACGGCAGCUAUGUCAAGCAAUUUAGUCAGUGCCUUUUAAUUUUGGGAUUUCUUAUGGGAUUAAUGAAAUUCACGCAGAAGGUGAUAAUGCAGCAAAGCAUAGCUAUUGGCAUGAGCUCCCACCACAGAGACACAGUCACUUGAACCAGAUAGAUAGGGGCUUAAAUGGCAGAGAUAAAACUUAGCAUAAGUGUCGUUUUUCUUCUAAUGUGAGAAUUCUCAAAAUACAAAAAGCAGCAGCCCCAAAGGAAGUGGUUGGUAAUAAGCAUGAUAUGGUAAAUGGAUGAAUAUUAAUGUGACUCUGAUAGGGUUGUUCAGCUAUCUCUAGGAACUGCGCGUAAACAUCAACCUGUGCACCAACCCCCCCCCCCCACACACACACUAUGCAGAGCCCUAAUUCACCCCUUUCCUAGGGUUUGGCUUUUUUGAAAUCAGCAAUAACAAAAUUCAGGCUUGGCUGAUCGUAGGGUUCCUCACCCAGGACUGCUCAGCCCACACCUUAGAUCCUCUCUCCUCAGGCAGCUACUCGCACUUAUCUCAGUAGGGAAAUGAAUUGCUGAUCUCAGAGUCUGCAGAACCCACCAACAGUUAUCAAUUGCUAACAGGGAGAGGUUGUUUCAGGCAAACAGCUCCAGUCAGUUAGUGCCCUUUAAGGUUGGUAAUCCUUUAAAACCUACAUCCUGGGCCUUUUUGGUUUUGGUGUCAUUUUGAAUUUCGCUGGAGGACAAUGAUGAUUGACAAUGAUAUGCCGUCACAUGGGGCUACUCCUAUGAAUCAUAGAAAUGAGAGCUGUAAGAGACCUAUUUGGUCAUCUGAUCUAUCUUCCUAGCAAUGCAAGAGUCUUUCCUGAUGUACAUUUGGUAGUGUUUUACACGGUGAAGCUUUCAAUGUUUUAAGGGAUGGGGCUUCCAUGUCUUCCUUUACUCAUCAGCCAGCUAGACUAAUGGGUCCCUGCCCCAAUCACUGUGCAAACAAAAGGAGAUUCCAAGCUACAUUGUUUAGAGUAUGGCAAGGGAUGAUGAACAGCAGAACAAAGAGAGGGUGGGAGGAUGAGGGUGACAGCAGUGGGAGAUAUGGACUUUCUCAUUAUCAAUAUGAAAGACCAAUUCUUUUUUGAAUCCUACUAAGCUCUUUGCCAUGAUAGUAUCUAGUGGCAAUGAGUUCCACAAGAUAACCUGGUUUAAAAUAAACAAAUACAAGUAUUUUCUUCAAUUGCUUUAAAAUGUUUUGCCCUUUGUCCCCAAUUCCCCUUCUCUAGCCCAUUUACUAGGUUACAAACCUCUAUUGCGUCCCCUCUUCUUCAUUUCCUCCCCAAAACUAAACUGGUCUUUCAAAUCUGUCUCCAUUUGGGGGUCUCUAAUUGUUCUUAAUGCCCAUCCGUGGACCCCUUCUGCUUUGGCUGGACGUUUUUCUGAGAUGGGGUGACCAGAUCUGUGCACAACUGAGUUAUUAAAUUCUGUGUAGCAUUUAUGAUCAAACUCUGAGUAAUUACAUUUUAUGUAGCCUUUGUGUAUCAUUUGCAGUCAGAUCAUUUAGCUUUCUUUGGCACAUUGAGCCUGUGAGGAAUCACCAUCUAUUUUCUUUUGCUUUUCCAUCAUGCAGAGAGUGUGUAUGGGAGAGAAGGAGGGUGAAUAAGAGGGGAGCCCUCAAAGAACAUAAAACCACCGUGCAAACAAAAGAUCCAUGAUCCUUAGCUGGAGGCAAUGCACCCUUAAAGUCAGUGGAGUUACACUGAUUUACAUCAGCUGGGGAUCUGGUCACAGGCCGUCAGUAAAGCCGUGAUGUCAAUUUGGUUUAAUUGUCCACAGUGGAACAGGUGGCAGAGUAGCUGGACAAGCCAUGGCCGCACUGGGCUAGGCUCUGACUCUCCCUUGGGCAGUUCAGCACAUGUUCAACCAUGAGUGUAACUGCCAGAAAAACCAGCCCUGCCACUGCUGAGCUGACCCAAUGGGGACGUCACACUCCUGGAAAAGGACAGAGGGAUGGUGUGACGUCCCUGCUCACUGUUUGUCCCACCGUGCGCUCUCUGUACCGUCGGGUUUCUGAGGAGCAGAGGCCACGUUCUUUCCCCCUGGGCAUCUAGCCAAUGAGAAGGGUGUCACCCCACCAAGCCAGGUAAGCAGGAGCCCACCUGCAAUGCCUUUAAUGGGGCCCCUUGUACAAGGCCCAAGAAGCAUUCCUCUCUCCCCGCAGCCUCAGUCGAACGGCUCUGCCCUGCGAGCAGACAGGAGGAUUCAGAGCAGAGGGUGGGGGCCAUUGGAGGAGGUGUCCACUGCCAGACAGGAUGGGUGGUCCAGUGCUGACCUGAGUUCAAGUUCCUGCUCUACCACAGACUCCAUAUGUGACCUUGGGCAAGUCACUUGGCCUCCCUGUGCCUCAGGUCCCCAUCUGUAAAAUGUGGUACUGGGCUGUUGAGGGAUGAAUGCACUGAAGUCUGUGAGGUGCUCAGAUAUUAGGGUAAUAAGGGCCACCUAGUCUAUAGGACAGUGGAAUGUGUGUGUGUUUUUCCCCAGAGGGUUCAGGUUGCUGUCUCUGAACCCCUGUUUGCCACAAAGCAGCUUGUAUCCUGGACCAGUUGGGACUGGAGCACGACUGGCACACGUCCUGCUAUCACUUCAAUCUGCCUCGUCCUGAGUGGGGCCGCAUUGACCACGGGGCUCCCCUGCCUCUGUAACUUUGGCACUAUUGUCUGAUCUGGCCAAAAACAUGCUUCCCAGCAGUGGGAAACCAUCCCUCUCUCAAAGCCGAAAGUCGGUAUUCUCAGCAGUAAACCAACUACCAUGACACAGGUGUAAUGGUGGUGCAAGGCAAUGGAGAAUCAGAUGGCUCCUUUGUCUUGCACCUCCUACAUCCACGCUUCGCCAGGCUGGAGGGUAGAGUCUCCUCCUACAGAUUGCUUUGGGGAUGGGCUCCCAGAGGUCAUGGGACUUCUAAUCGGGUGGCCUCUUGCUGCAGCAGACCUCCCUAAGCCGUGGUGUCCCCUCUGAAAUGGGGAGCUCUUUCGAUUCUGCUGCCUCUACAGUUGCCUUUUAUUAGCAUACAUCUGUGGGUCACAGUACAGGGCCAGAUCCUCAGCUGGUGUCAAUUGGUGUUGCUCCAUUAAAGUCAGUGAACCACUGUGACUUAUACCACGUGGCCCAAGGUUCCUCGCACAUGGACUGGCUUCUUGCUGGGACAUGGUUAUUUGUUGUUCUCUGAGGACCCCUUUUUACUCGGUGUCUUAAUGGCAAAGUGAUUCUACGUUUCUCAGUAAUGUCAAUUAUGCUGAACAAGAUUUGCCUGGCAGCGUCAACUUGGGAACAUGCUGUGACAGACCAGAGGGCCCCCUGCUAAGAAUGCACUGUCUACUCAACAGCUUCCCAACCUUUAAGUGUGAUAGUGAACGAUGGUGAAAACACUACCGCUGUGCAUGAGGAGAGAGGACUAGCCUGAAUCUGUUAUGCUUAGCCAGGGGCCCGAUCUCGUUACUCCAACCCAUGCCAGGGAUGUGCGUAUGGAUGCCAUCUAUCCAUGGAUCAGGUACCCAAGGGCAGCAGAUGGAGAAGGAUGGGCUUGUGUUUAAGACACUGGCUUGGGACACAGCAGAUGAAGGAUGGUUGAGGGUGUUAGCUUAAGACUCAGGAAACCUGGGUUCAAUCCCAGCUCUGCCUCAGCUUUCUCAGUAAAAUGGGGAUGGUGAUUAUAAUACUUGAUCCAGGGCUGUUGUGAGGCACCCAGAUGCUACAUUGGUGGGGGCCUGAAAGCAGAUGGAAAAUAAUUUUGUGAUCUUCUUCUACAUGGCUCUGCCAAUGUGCCCUGAGCUGGAGGGACCACCUCUGGUAGGUAAGAGGACAGGUUUAGUUUCCACGCCACAUUGUCUUUGGUGCCUCUGCUCAGCCCAACAAGGGGGCCAUGUAGAAUUGGUAUGUCGUAGACACCUCUCCAGGGUGCCAUGGAGACCUUGCUUCUCCAUACUCCAGAGUGCAGCAUUACCUCGGGUUGCUUCACUCAUGUUCAUCCCCAAGCCCAGCUGGACUCUCAUGAAUAACCUGCCUCCAUCCCAUUUUUGAGCCAUGUGACUUCCUGGAACACUUUUACUAAAACAAACCCACUUGUUCCCUAAACAACCCGAACAGCUUUAAAUCCACUUGUAAAAGCCACUUGUUUAGCAGGGCAUUCUGUUUCCUUUUCUAAUCCAUUUUCAUUGCAGACUUGACUAGGAACAGCAGCGCAGUUGGUAUCAGCUUUGUACAACCCCCUGUAGGAAAAGUGCUGUAUAACAUUAAACUAAAUGAGAGAGAAAAGGUGGGUGAGGGAAUAUCUUUUAUUGGACCAACUUCUGUUGGUGAGAGAGACAAGCUUUCGAGCCACACAGACCUCUUCCUCAGGUCUGAGACAGUACCGGAUUUACCAUGGCGCCGGGCCCACAAUCCAAAGGGGCCCCGCCCCGGCCCGUUCUUCUCCAC